GACGAGUGUAUUGUUUCCUGGGUAAUGUAAAAAUCUGAGAGGUCUUCGUUUCGUGUUUGAGACAGAUAAGACAGGCACUGAUAACCGAUAAUAACAGAUUCUGGACGACAUGAGUGCUCUUCAACAUAUUUUCGUGCAUCCUCUUGGAGUAUGAGACAUCACUGCGGGUUGUGGGCGGUGCCAUCUUGUGGCGUGUGAAGAGAAGCGACACGAUUUUCCAAACCGGAACUAAAAGUGUGGAGGUCGUCAUGGGGAGCAAAGUCAGUUCCAAAAUGGCUGCUCCCACCGCUCGCGUUAUUCAGGCUGUGCGGCCUCAUGCACCCAUGAUUAAAUUUCCCAGCAGAGAAGGCAUCCCGAAGCCCAGUGUCCAAGAAGCAAUGAAAACUUUAUUAGUCACCGUCCCACAACCCAACAGUUCAGCGUCAGCCUCAGUUGCACCACAAACAUCAAGUCGUAUAACUUUGCCGCCCAUCCCGGGCACACCCGACACCUUGGCGUCCGUUCAGCUGCUCCCAGCGAGGUACCGCCGCAGACCGCUGGUGGUUGAAGAAAUGGAUUACAUUCAGCGCGGUGGACCAGAAUGAUUUGUCCCGUUUCAAGAACUGCAACCAAAGUCCUCGUCUAUGGUGGUUAUCAUCCUGAUGGAUUUUAAUUUCUUAGCACAAAAAAACCCCAAAGCCACAACACACAAUGUAGAAUAAAAUAUUACACAAAUACUCUCAUUAUGUACAUAUUUUUAUUAUCGAGUAUGUUCGUGUUUUGAUGACCUUUUGAAGGACGUUUCUUCUGGAUAAACGAACACUGAAUUCUUGCAUUGGCAUCUUGUACCAGACUGCUUUUUUUUUUGCCUUCUGUUGACCAACUUGUGUGGUCUCUGGAAAACAUUGCUCCAGAGUUCUUCCCACAACUGAAGUCUGUUUUUCAUGACACCGAGUUGGGCAGUGUUUGUUCCAAUGCUACAUCCAAGUCAUUAAAGCAAUAUUCUAUUUUG